UUUAUUUGGCGUUGCUCGUUGGCUAGGAGUCAUAUAUGCGUCUCAGGUAUUUGGCGUUUCGCAAAUACAUUUCAGGUUUUAUUCAGAAAAGGAUAACAACGUUGCCAAACUCAUAAGAGGUGGCCAACUAGCCCCACUAGAUAAGACAAAGAAUCUCGGACGUAAUAAAGAGAUUUYACACCGAGAUAUACAGUUUGGACGCCUGUUUACUUYGAGGAAGAUGAUUGCAGCUCUUUGUCUGUUCAUGCUCCUUGCAGCUGGUGACGCCUGGCAAGUCUCACACCACAGAAAUGAUCAGGUUGGAAGCAUUCAACCACCAACACAAACAGACUUUGGUGAUUGGGGUCAGGCUGAGUACUGCAACGAUGGCUCAUACGCCUAUGGCUUCAAAAUGAAUGUAGGGCACACAAAUUCCGACGACGACACUGGAGUCAAUGGAGUCGUGCUCUUUUGCAAGCCCCGAUGAAAAUGCACAGAUCGCAUCUAUGUACAAAAUGUGGGGUAAAUGGCACCCAGUGUUGGAGUGUCCUGGAGACUCCACCUAUCUCACUGGAGUCUCGAUCAAAUCACAACCAAAGCAGGGCUUCAGGACUGACGAUACGGCAGCAAACAAAUUCCAGUUCACUUGCAAAGAUGGCACAAAGUUAAAAGGUGUUGGUGGGCCACAUGGGGAAUGGGGCAAUCAAGUUAACUGUCCCAGUAAUUCUGCCAUUUGCGGCAUCAAGACUCAAGUGGAAAACUAUCAGAAAUACGGAGAUAAUACCGCUCUUAAUGGGGCUAUCUUCUACUGCUGUAGCACUUAGGACUGAACGAGGCUUUGAUUAUAGGAUAGCUACAGAGCUGUUUGUCUGAGUUUCAGAAACUUAAAAACUCAUAAUGAUGUUACAGAAUUAGAGAAUUAAAGUAACGAAUAAAAAUAAAACGAAAAUCAAUAGCA